AUGGCGUCCGCUAGUGUCGUAUGCGCUCCUCCCCUAACCACCUCCUCCGCCAUGGACGCUCCGGUACUGAAAUCCCGAAUUCAAGUCCGACCCGAACCCGCUCCACCCAAGCCCAACCCGAAUACCGACUCUCUGAAAUCCUGCAAAAGCUUUCUAGUAAUGAAGCAACUCCAUUGCCAGCUCACGAAACAGGGCCAAAUAUCCAGCCCGCCUAUCCUGACAAAGCUCAUCGCCAAAUACUCUGAAAUGGGCACUGCUGAAAGCCUGGAGAACGCAACAAAAGCCUUCGCGAUACUUAAGAGCAACAGGGACAGUUUCAACAUCACCACUGUAACUUACCUUUAUAAUUCUCUGAUAAGAGGCAAUUCCUUAGCCGGGGUUUUUGACGAGUCUGUUUUGCUGUAUGUGAACAUGUUAAUCGAGGGGCUUAGGCCUGAUAACUACACGUUUCCGUUUGUAUUGCGCGCCUGUGCGAAAAGCUUGAAGCUUUUCGAAGGAAAACAAAUCCAUGCUUCAAUCUUGAAAACGGGCUAUUGUGAUGAUAUUUUCAUCUCCAAUACUCUAAUCUACUUUUACGGAGAAUGCGGAGAAACUGAUAGUGCGAGAAAAGUGUUUGAUAUAAUGCCUGAGACAAACGUUGUAACAUGGACAAGUUUGAUUUGUGCCUACUCGGUUAAAGAUUUGUACCGAGAGGCCAUUUGUCUGUUUUUUGAGAUGGUGGAUGAGGGAGUUGAGCCCAAUGAAGUUACAAUGGUGAGCGUGAUUUCUUCUUGUGCAAAAUUGGGGGACCGAAUUCUGGGUGAGAAGGUUGCGGGACAUGUUAGAACAAUUGGGCUAAAGGCCAAUGGUAUUUUGGUAAGUGCGCUCGUCGACAUGUACAUGAAAUGCAAAGAGCCCGAUAAGGCAAGGCGGCUCUUUGACGAGCAUGCGGAUGGGAAAAACUUGGACCUUUACAAUACGGCCAUGUCGAAUUACGUGAAAAUGGGGAAGACGAAUGAAGCAGUCGAUCUGUUCCGUGAAAUGCUGGAAUCCGGGCUGAGGCCCGAUCGGGUCACCAUGUUGUCGGUUAUUACUUCCUCGGCCGAACUCAUCGAUUUUCACCUCGGCAUGCAAUGCCAUGCCUACAUCUUGCGCAACGGGCUUGAAAGUCGGGACAACAACAUAGGCAACUCACUCAUCGACAUGUACACAAAAUGUGACAAGCUGGAAUGGGCUCGUCGAGUGUUUGACCGGAUGCCCGAAAAAACUGCCGUCUCCUGGAAUUCUCUCCUUGCUGGCUUCACGAGGAACAGCGAUCUGGGCCCCGCUUGGGCUUUGUUUGACCGAAUGCCUGAACGGAAUAUCGUGUCCUGGAACACCAUGAUUGGCGCCUUGGUUCAGCAGAGCCUAUUCACAGAUGCUAUUGCCCUCUUUCACCGAAUGCAAAAGGAAAGUGUUAUAAUCCCAGACGAGGUAACCAUGGUUAGUGUGGCUUCAGCUUGCGGGUACUUAGGUGCCCAUGACCUCGCUAAGUGGACUUAUAAUUACAUCAAGAAAUGUGGAAUUAGGCGUAACGUGUGCCUGAAUACUUCCCUAGUCGACAUGUUCGGUAGGUGUGGGGACCCACGUAACGCAAUGCGGGUGUUUAAUGAAAUGGGCGAGCGGGACAUCUCAGCCUGGACGGCUGCAAUCGGGGCCAUGGCCAUGGUGGGAAAUGGGAAAGAGGCCUUGAAGCUCUUCCACGAGAUGCUCGGGCAGGGAGUUGUGCCCGAUCCAGUCGUGUUCUCCACGGUGCUCACUGCAUGCAGCCACGCGGGCUUGGUUGAGCAAGGUAUGAAUAUAUUUAAUAGGAUGAUGGAGCACGGGGUGGCCCCGCACGUUGUCCACUAUGGCUGCGUGGUCGAUUUAUUUGGCCGAGCUGGGCUUUUGGAUCGGGCCCUGGAUUUCAUAAGGGAGAUGCCAGUCGAGCCCAACGGCGAGGUUUGGAGUGCAUUCUUGGCCGCUUGUAGAGUGUACAAGAAUGAGAAGAUGGCAGCCUUAGCUUCCGGGAUGAUCGACAAAUUGGGUUGCGAGAAAACGGGUCUCCAGGUUCUCCUGUCAAAUAUGUAUGCCCACGCGGGAAAGUGGGAUGAUGUAGCAAAAGUGAGGACGCACAUGAAGGAAAAGGGGAUGAAGAAAAUUCCGGGGUCGAGCUCACUCGAAAUAGAUGGGACUGUUUAUGAGUUCACUUCAGGGGAUGAGUCGCAUAACGAAAAUGAGCGUACUUCCUUGAUGCUCGAGGAAAUAAACUGCAGAAUCGGCAAGGAAGGGUAUGUUCCGGACUUGACAAAUGUGCUGCUUGAUAUUGACGAGAGGGAGAAAGAAUUUUCACUCGGCCGGCAUAGUGAAAAGCUGGCUAUUGCCUAUGGGCUCGUCUCGUCCGUAAGGGGAAUGCCUCUGAGGAUUGUUAAGAAUCUGAGGAUGUGUUCGGACUGCCAUUCAUUCGCAAAGAUGGUGUCAAAAGUAUACGAACGCGAGAUAGUGAUUAGGGAUAACAAUAGAUUUCAUUUUUUCUGGGGAGGUUCUUGUUCUUGCCAUGAUUACUGGUAA